AUGGAAGGAAUUAUUCUGGGAAUCGUGGUACUCAUCAGUGCUGUUAGUGCGUCAUCAGUGAUCUAUCCAUGUCCUGAAACGGGUAUCGCUCGUCUUCCUCAUGCAACAUCUUGCACGCGUUAUAUUCAGUGCAUAUCUGGAAUUCCUGUAGUCAGGCAUUGUGCUGAAGGACUUCGGUUCAGUACCAUCAACGACAGAUGUCGAACUCCCGAUGUUGCUGGAUGCGGUCACGAUGAAUUUCUCUGUCCACUCUUCGAUGAUCCUGAAAACUUGGUCUAUCUUUCAGACAAUGAGAACUGUUCAAUCUACUUCCUUUGUCAUAAUGGCGUCCCAGAGAGAUUCGAAUGUGACCCUGGUCUUCAAUGGAACAUCAGAGAUCAAAAAUGCGACUUUCCAGAUAGGGCUAACUGCCGACUUGUCAACAUUGAUUGCCCAGAAAGUGGAUUUACAGUAGUACCGCAUCCUUACAACUGCGACAGAUUCUUCCGCUGCGUAAAUGGACGUUCGUACGAAGCGAGGUGUCCUGAUGAGAUGAGCUUUGAUGUCAUUCGAGGGGAAUGCUAUGACCGAAAUUCCGCCAAGUGUUUUGAACCGUCUCCUCCAGUUAGUACAACACCAAAUCCGCCUUUGAACACAACUGCUCCUACGCCCCCGAUUAACACGACUCCAGAAACAACAACCAUUAACACAACGCCUACUCCUCCACUUAACACAACGCCUACUCCAAGGCCUACUCCACCAGUCAGUACAACGCCGCAAUAUAAAGGAAAUGUUGAGUCAUUUAUUUGGGAUUCAGAACAUUAA